ACCUCGUCCUAAUGGUCAACACAAAACAAAGCCAGCUCACCCACGAUCAAGCACCGCAAUCAAUUUUUGUAAACGCCAUUCAAUGUGUAGCAACGGACGAGUGGCAAUGCGGCCGUUAUCACAGGCGGGCGUUACCUAUCCUUUCCGUUGCUCUUUUCCUCUAUAAACUGACGCCGAGCCUCUUCGCUGACCCGCCGCCGAGCUUCGACGCGCUGGCUCCUCGCUGCACCUCCAACCCGACCGCGCUCGCCUACGGCUUCACGUGUUCGCGCGGUGCUAAGGCCUCGCCUCCCAGCCGUCCACAACCCCCGGAACCCGAUGUCGGCUGGCCGCUGUGCGCGUCCUGCCCUGUGCGCUGCUUGUGUGUGCUGCUGCAGACUGGGUGGAGGCCGCACCUGGGCGUGUCGCGUCCCUGCCGUGCCGCUGCCCCGCAGCCGUGCGUGCCCAGCAGCCGCAUGCAGACCACAGCCGUGUGCUGCUAUGUGUGCGCGCCCUGUCGUCCGAUGCCACCCUUCGGAGGAGAUCGCCGAGGAGGUCACCGCCGAGCCCCCCUCCUCUCUUCCGGCUGGCUGAAGCACCGCUGGCCGGAGCUCCUUGCUGCAGCAAUGGCAGCAUGCAUGCGUGCUUGCAUGCAGUCUAAAGAUCUUGUGAGCAGAUUAUGGCGUUUAUAGAGAUUCGAUGAGCUGCAAGGUCGAGACUUCAAGAUAUGCCAGAACCAAGUUUACGAAGAUAACCGAGCAGCAUC